CCAUAGCUUUACCGUGUUACAUAGAGUACAGAGUGACCAUGCCUUACAUUGCCCGCACAGAGAGCCUGCCCGAGGUGGUGAUGCUGGGGGGGCUGGUCGACCCGCGCGCUGAUGAACAGACUUCGUUCAGCACACGAAUGUCCUGUCGGGACGCCACCGACUUCAUGUCCCACACUACGCGGUCCUCACCUUUGAUUUCCGGACACAAGGAAGACAGCAAGUUUAAUGGCACGGAUCAGGUCCAGAUUGACCAGAUCCUCGCUCGUUCGAAGGAGAUACAGCUGCCUGGUGCCAAACAGAACCCCGGCCAGCCCUUGUCAGAUCUCGUGCCCGGAAUGGUGAUCAGCGGAGGCCGCAGUCGCUCGCCCGCGUUCGAUGGCCUACCGGUUGUUUCACAUUGGGGUGACCGUAUCGGCGAGACUUCAGCUGCAGACCCUGCAGCCACGGUCCGGCUUACAUCCACGUGGUGUACGAGCCAUGUGCUUGGCGAAGGGACGACGAUGCAGAGUCCCCUGGGCGCUCCCUGCUGGUCGCUCAAGGCGCAUGGCAUCGGCCCGGUGCAGGCGGGGUCCAGUAAAUUCACCCAGCACUACCUGGCUGAGACCGAUACGUUGGUCACGACAAUCAGCCUAGCCCAUCGCCCUGAUACCCCGCAAACCGGGGGGGUUCUAACCGCCGCGGCAAACAUCUCGUGGGGGCGCAACACGCGCGUGGCGGACGCUGUGGACUGUGCCCUAGGGCUACUCGCCGACGCCGCCGUCUUCCUGGCAGCACGGAACAAGGUGAUUUCGACGGGAGUCACGGAGCGCCUGCCGUUUGCCGUAGUUCAUGCAGCUCCAAUGCCCACCUGGUGCGUUGCCCGCAAACCUCUCCCACCCAAGCUGAGUGGCGUUGCGUUGUCGCUUGACUCAACCACCACUAAAGUUCUGGCAGUCGAAGACUGCGUUGGCCCGCUGCUCAACACGAGCAUCUUCUCCAUGGCCGUGGGCUACAACCGAGGCGUAUACGGGGGAUCGAUCUCUGGCCUCUGGGCGAUCAUGGACUCGGCAUUUGUCCUCGACUACUCCAUCGGUAAGAACAGCGCUGCCAUGGCGGAGAAGUUGGCUGGUGCCUUUGUCGACGUGGCGGCCACCGCCGAGGCAGCCGUCUCCGUGGGGCCGCACAUCACCGACAUCCGUGUCGUCAAGGGAUGCAACUACGGGUGUUUACGCCAGAAGACCAUAAUCGAGGACACCGCGACAGUCGUCUCCCAGCCGUGCAUGGUUGUCUGGGACGACCUGGCGCGCCUGGCCCGCUACAAACUCGCGGAUGCGGUGUUCUGCCAUGUCUACUACGACUCCGGCGGCGGCGAGCAGAUGGCCGCGAUAGCGGGUCUGGGCUGCGUGGUGCAUGACUGGAUCGACCUGGGUGCUGAUCUUGCCUGCGGCGAGAUUAGCAAUAUCAUACCUACAUUGUCACAGGGUUCGCUGAAUGAAGGGCCCCUAGCGGAGGUGUACUCGCGCUUGGUGGGAGCCAUGGUCUGGUAUCGCGACCACGACCCAUACAAUCCGGCCGCGUUGUGCAUCCUCUUCACGCAUUGGUGGCAGCUCGCCAACUGCCGCCACCGACCCAUCACCCUCCUCGGCCGGACUGACAUGAGUGUCGACGCCAUGGCGAUCGCGGCCACAGUUCCCACUGCGCGACCCACCCUGGAGCACUUCCGGGCGUGCGGCACACCUGUCGAACGCGGAGAACGCGCCUUCGCGGCGACCGAGGCGCGCUUCAAUGCACUGCUGGCGUCAAACCCGUUGAUGGAAACCCAGCGGGUGGCCGAUCUUCUGGUCCGGCCGGUGCUGACGUACGUGCACGGGACGGACAACCAGCUCCCACUGGAGAGUGAGUACGUGGGAGCGGUGCUCGCGGCGGAGAUCGCGUACCCGCAGGACCAGAAGAUCCGCGAGUUGUGGGACUUGGCAAUUGUGAUGUGGGAAUGCGGAGCCUUGUGGGCGGCGGGCAUCGCUGGCUUGUGCUAUACCCACUCCGGCCAGUCCAACUGUGAUCGUGCGCACCAGGAUUUGUCGGAUUGCACCUGGAGUUGA